AUGGCGUCAGCAUCACCACCUAAGCCCUGGGAGAGAGCUGGCGCCGGUGUUGGUGCUUCUUCCGCGAUCACAGCUCCGCUAUCCACACCCCCCACUGCUACAUCUGCUACGACGAUUCCCACCUCUGCAAACAACGUAUCCUCUUCUGCCCCAGAAUUGCCCUCUCGACCCAGCACUCUCAACUCUGUCGUUAACCAGACUGCAUCAAACUACUCCCCCUAUGGCGCGUCGCGAAUAGGACAGACUCCAUAUGGUGGUGGUGGGUAUGGCGCCUACAGUAGUUACUCAUCACCAUAUUCGCGGCUAGGAGGUAUGGGAUCGAUGUACGGUGGUUAUGGGGGUGGAUACGGGGGUAUGUAUGGUGGGAUGGGUGGGAUGGGUGGAUACGGAGGCAUGUACGGGGGGAUGCCGCCCGGGGGAGACCCGAAUAGCUUAACACACUCUUUCAAUCAGAGUACCCAAGCUACAUUCCAGAUCAUUGAGAGUAUUGUUGGCGCGUUUGGAGGAUUUGCCCAGAUGCUAGAGAGCACUUACAUGGCUACUCAUAGCUCGUUUUUCGCUAUGGUAUCCGUUGCAGAGCAAUUUGGCAACCUACGAAAUACCCUAGGCUCUGUCCUAGGCAUCUUCACCCUCCUCAGAUGGAUAAGAACCCUUAUCGCUAAACUCACCGGCCGCCCACCUCCCGCGGACGCAACCUCCCUUACCCCAUCCGCAUUUGCCGCUUUCACAGGAAAGGGUCAUGGACCCCCAACACUCCCUGAUGGCUCCACAGCACCCGCCCGCCCCUCCAAAAAGCCGUUCUUCUUCUUCCUCGCCGCAGUCUUCGGCCUUCCCUACCUCAUGGGCAAGCUCAUUCGUGCCCUUGCCCGCUCCCAAGAACUCGAAGCCAGACGCAUGAUGACGAUUGGUCCCAACGGCGAACCCCUCGCAGCCAAUCCACAAAACGCCAUCGACCCCUCAAAGCUCGACUUCUGCCGUGUCCUCUACGACUACACCCCGGAAGCCCAUAACACCGCCGGCGUCGACCUUGCUGUGAAGAAGGGCGAUCUCGUCGCUGUGCUCAGCAGGUCGGAUCCCAUGGGUAACCCAUCUGAAUGGUGGCGAUGCAGAGCUCGUGAUGGCACCGUCGGAUACCUUCCCAGCCCUUACUUGGAGACCAUCCAGCGAAAACCGCAGCAGCAGGCUAUUACGGCUGGUGCUACUGUAUCGUUGCCUGCAUCGAGGAGUAAUACCCUUCUAGGUGUUGGAGCGGGUGGCGAUGACCAGUUGAAGCAGCGGGCAAAUAGCUUGAAAGCAGCUAAUGGUAAACCAGAGGUCAAGGGCAAGAUGGGAGAUAUCUCCCCGGAGAGCUUUCAGAAGAAUACGUUCUAUUCGUGA